AAUUCUCGACAACAAGCCCGUUCGUCCUCCCAUAGUAUCGACUUUGGCGCAAAGAUGACAAGAGCUUGCAGCGCAGGGUCUUGAGGAAGAGAGUGAGGAGGUAGUGUGAAUCUGCGCCUAAAACUCCCUUCUGUGUCAUCAUGUAAAGAUUUCGUUACCCCUUGUGCUGAACGCUGUGAUGUGGUCGCAGCUAACCUCAACAUCACCAUAACAACAACAGAUUUUUCGUGUUCGUCUCCACAUGAUGUUUACCUCCCGUGUUCAUUACCUUCUCCCAUCAUGCAAUAGAUCGCUGAGGCGUGUGUUGGUUACCUCUUAUGAUAGACGAUAUUAGGAAAGGAAAACACUAAGAAGAGAUUAGACCAUUAUUUUUAUCUUUAACCUAACCUAACUGAAUCUAACCUAAGCUAAUCAAAAUCUAACCUAACUUGACCCUACUCAACCUAACCCAACUUUAGCUAACCUAACCUUAUUCAACCUAAGUCAACCUAACCAAACCUAACCUAAGUAGUAUUUCAAUUUGGUUCAAGUUUAAUUCCUUUGCAUCACAUGAAAAGUGUUGAUGGUUUAACUGUUCGGAGUCUUGGUCGGUUUUCCUAAUAUUGACUAUAAUAUAAUCAAAAAAUAAUGUUAUGCAAAUUUGUCCUGUAAAAAACCUUUUGCAAAGGUGAAUAAGCUCCGUACCAGCUUAUUUUACCGAAAGAUUAACCACCCUAACCUAACCUAAGCUAACCUAACCUAACCUAACCUAACCUAACCUCAUCCCUUCGAAUACCAUUAGGGUGAUUAAUCCUCAAGUGAAAUAAGCUGGGGUGGAAAUUCUACAGUGAUCCAAAGUCCUUAAUAAUACUUUGUUGGAAGCUGAUUAAAAUGGCCUGGUAAACUAAUGGAGCAAGUUAUACUGUAGUAACUUAUAUAAAUCAGAAAUUAAAAAAAAAAUCAUAAACUUGAUAAACUUUCUGGCAGGAGGAAGUUGGCAACCAUAUGUAAACAUUGACACUUGGCAACCACAUGUUAAACACAUACUUGAAACCCCCGAAAAAUAAACACACUCUUCAUAUGACAGAUGCAGACAAUAUAAGCCACCGUCCGUUUUCUACAUAUAAACAACAACAACAAUGAAUGUAAACAAGAACUAUGAACAUUCCUAUUGUAAACGUAAACGAGAAACGUUCAUAUCGUAGUUGUAAACAAUUAUUAUGUUAGCUAAACAACAUCAAAGUUUAUACAUCAAAGAAAUAACAUUUGUAUUAUAAACAAUAUCAACGGACAUCUCAUGUAAACAAACAAAGCUCAUGCUCUAGACGUAAACAAUAUGAACAUUCAUAUUGUAAUUUUAAACAGUCAAAGUUUACAUAUGUUUGCCUUGUAAGACGUAAACAAUAUGAACAUUCAUAAUGUAGUUUUAAACAGUCAAAGUUUACAGUACAUAUGGCUACCUAAGAGUGAAGAGAGAUUCAUGGUAUCAUUAUCAUCAGUAUGAUUCUUUAGAGCGAAGAUCCACGAUGUGAUAUGGAAAGUCUUUAGGGUGUCAUACAAACGUGGCACAUUGGUCACUCACUACCUAACUCGAAUAAUUUUUGUUUAUUUUUAGUUUAUCCAUCAUUGUCACUUGGAUUACAGUGAAAACUCUAUUUAACGGUCUAUAUGGUGAGGAAGUUCAUUAUAUCAAGGUUCUGUUAGAUGUGAAACCCAGAUAUAAUGGUAUAUAUUGAGAUGAGUCCUUUAUAUGGAAGUUUUCACUGUACUGUAUUUGUAAAUUUGAGUUUAGUUAAUGUGUGAACUUUGAGUGACUUUCCAUACUGCCUCGUCAACUACUAUUGCCAACCUGGCCAUGUAAUAUGGGCAGGGAUCAAGACUCGCUACACAAGCAAUAUGAUUAAUACCAAGUCGGUGAUACAUUUUGUGCUAUGUCAUGGAUGCUAAGUGCCUCCGCUUUGAACAAUUUCCUAAUUGUUCUCAUUAUCUGCCUUGGAGUAUAGAGGUGUUUUGCAGUGCUUCAACAUAGUACUGUCUCAUAGAAAUUAGAUACAGUUAACAUUCAGUAAUGUAAAUUAGAUUAUUUAUAUAUCCACUCUAUUGUACCGGAGCGUCUGUUAAACUGCUAUAUAUUUCAGUUGAUCUAAAGUAGUAUCAACUUGGCCCUGUUUAACAUGACUUAACCCGUGGCAUGCAGCUAUUUCUCUAGUUCAGUAGUGUCUACGAUAGUGUUACUAUCAUUUAAUCCUAAUAUAUUUCAUUGCAUGAUUUUCUGAAUUCCGAAUUAACACGAUUUUAGAAUUUUGAUGUGAAACAAAAAACUGGCUCCUUAUUGGCCCGACACGCUCUACCAGGCGAGGUGUUCGGGUCUUAUAAUUAUAGUAGAUGAGUAGAUUAGCGUUGAAGUUGAAGCCUCAAGCACAAGUAGAUCUACCGCCAGUUGCUUUUUACAGUUGUGUGUCACAUAUAAUGAUAACGCGCUCUCCAAUGUUUUCCAUAUCAGUUGUACAGUAUAUCUACACUAGGUUGUCCUAUCCGCUCGUUAUUAUUUACCACUGCCGAUGUGCGUAAAGCGGGCCACUUCAAAGAGUUCAGUUUCUUAGUUCUUGCACAUGAUUACACUGUUAAGGGCAGGUAUUAACUUGCAGUUAUUGUUAAGUUACCACAAGUUGGCAGCAGCGACAAAGCUCAGAGUGUAAACCUUCUUCAGUCUCGUUGUUAUUAGGAAAGCCUUCAUCGUCUGAGUAGUUUACCUAGAGAUUUUUCAUCAUGGUAUAUAAUCACAAAACUGAAAUAACAAUCUUAACAAUACUGAUAGACCCUGAGCUAUUUAUUGCUGCUGUUACACUUAAUUUCUUCUCUGUAAGUUAAUUAUUCACUUAUCUUCCUGUAAUUCCUUCUUCUCAACAAUAAUAUAUGGAAAACACACACACAAAAAAUAAUAAUAAUAAUGCAAAAUGGUUAUUACCUGUUACGUAAUCUUCUACUUUGUACCUCCGAGUUUUGGUGUGAUAUUACCACCAAUUUUGUUACAUUAGUAUUAGGAAUAUAGUUACAAUACCCAGAUUAUCCCUUACAAUAGUUCAUAAGUUUGUUCUCACUUAUCUGGUGAUGACUGUAUAUCACCCAAAUAUAAGUAUGUGCUUUACAAAGUUUGUGAUAUAAAUAUAAUUUAUAUCUAGUUCUGAAUAUGGUUAGGAUGAUGUUCUUUGUGGAGGUGACGGUAAAGUGCUAGGUUCACCCUCCCCAUGUAAGGAAUGAAGGUAAUUGUCACAGUGUAUGGGAGGUGUGUUGAUAUGAACCACGUGUUGAUUGUGAUAGUCCACUGUUGUAAUGGUCCACGUGUUGUAAUAACCUUAUAACAUUGUGGGAUCGUCAACAACACCAGCAGGAAGCCACACACUCUCACCCCAAGUUACAUUAUAUAUUUCAAGAUGUGAACCAAGAAAUACCGAUUUAUGAACACCUAAUUACAUGCUGUUAUAAUAAUUUAUCUGUACUUGAACUUAAUACACGAGAUUAUCAAUUA